UCGAUAAGAAUUAUCGGGGAAAAGUAAUCGGUCCUGACUGGAAAAGUCUGGCCCCUCUUCAUCGCCAAAGUUGUUGCCAAUUAUAAUUGCGAAUUUGGGAACCAGCAGCAACAACAACACGAGCAGAGCAGCAACAGCAGCAGCGGUAGCGAAAAUAAAAACAACGCAGCUUCACAGUGGCAGUAGUCAAUGAAGUGAACGCGAACAUAAAACCUGUGUGCCGCUCUCGCCAUCACACACUCUCUUUCGUGAGUGUGUGCCUGUGUGUGUGUGUGUGUUUGCGAAUUUGGAUAGCUUACGCGCCCCCACAAGCCCCACGGCCCCCGCCCUCUUGCCUUUUGCCCAGCGGAGCACCUGAAGCACCUGGAGCACCUUGAGCGCACACCUGUCACUGCGAGCGUUGUUUUAUCCGCCGGAGAGGCUGGAGGCGUAACGAAUCCCUAGGAAUUGGCACCAGCUGUUCGCUGGUAGUCCCUGAAAGCCAGCAGCUCCUUCGACUGAAGCGGGCCUUCAGAGGGGAGCAGCCUCCCACCCGAGCGAGCGAGAAAGAGAGAGAGAGACCCCUGUACUCCCAGGAGGAGAGCUUCUCGGUGAGUGUUCGCUAUUGCUGCUGCUGAGAGCGCCUGGAUGCCCGGCUUCCACCUCAAUGAAAUGGGUGAAAUGGUCCUGGACGCCAUCGACGACAUCGGCGUGGUCGAUGUCUAUGACCUGGCCUCCGAUAUUGGCAAGGAGUACGAGCGGAUCAUGGACCGCUUCGGAACGGAUGCGGUGAGUGGUCUGAUGCCGAAGAUCAUCAAUACGCUGGAGCUCCUGGAGGCGCUGGCCACGAAGAACGAGCGCGAGAACUCCACCAUCCAGGAGUUGCGGGACAAGGUGGCCCAGCUGGAGAGCGAGAAGCUGGAGAAGGCCGAGUUCCGGCGACGCUUCGAAAAGGAGCUGGAGCUCAUUGAGGAGCAGUGGCGCAGCGAGACCAAUGAGCUGGUGGACCUGGUCUCCUCGCUGCAGGACGAGAACAAGCGCCUGGUCAAGCAGACGCAGGACCUGCAGUCGUCUUCCGCGCAGAGCUCCGGCCUGGGGGCCAGCCUCACCGAGAGCAUCAUCAGCAUGACCAACAACGAGCUGCACAGCGCGCUGUCGGACACCCAAGUGCUGCAGCGGCUCAAGGAGCAGAUCUACAAGCAGCGGGACGAACUGAAGCAGCGCGAGCGCGAGCUGCAGGACAAGUACAGCGAGCUGGAGCACCUUAACAUCCAGGCGGAGCGCCUGAAGGCCUCCGAGCGGGACACUCGCCGCCGCCACAAGCUGAUGCAGGCUCAGGUGAAGACGCUGUGCGAGGAGCGGGCCGACUUCCUGGCCCAGCUGCAGGAUCAGAGCCGGGAGAUCAACCAGCUGCGCAAGCGUCUGGGCCUGGCCGAGAAGGAGAACGAGGACCUUGUAGCCUCCUACGACGAUGGCCAAAACGAUCCGAAUCGGCCGCGGUACACCACCCGGGAGUUGAAGGAGCUGAUAAGCGAGCGGGACGAGCUAUUGACCACCAUCGACGGCCUCAACGAGCAGCUGGCGGAGCUGAAGCCGCCUAGUCAGGCGAAGGCCAAGCGCCAGCGCCACUUCUCCAGCUCGGACGACAGCGACGACGAGGACGACGGUCAUGUGGCGGACAACGACGACGACGAGGAGGAGGAGGAGGCCGCCGAGGCGGACGUGCCGGCAGCCGGCGAAACGCCCCCCGAGCACGACGCUCCUGUGCAGGGGCCGCUGCCCUACGAACCGGACGACGCCCCCUGGAAAAAGAGCUCGGAGUCGGGAAUACGCAAGUUCUUCCGGAAACUAUUCUCGGAUCCUUCGGACGGAAACAACACAUUCCCGAAACGUUCCUUGGCCACGCUCUCGAAGAUGGCUCUCUCGGCCUCGCCCGGUUCCGUAUCCGCCUCCGAGGCGGCGAAGUAAGCGCCCCCAUGAAGCAUCCGAGUUGGCGUGCAUUUCAUUUUCGUUUGUUUUCUGUUUCCGUUCUUUUUUGUUUUCCGUUUCCGUUCCGUUUCCGCACCCUGCAUUCCGUAUUCCGCAAUCCGCAAUCCGCAAUCCGCAAUCCGCAUUCUGCAUUCCGCCUUCCGCAUCUCGCAUCUAUACGAAUACUUUAUUUAUUAUUUAUUAUUUGAUGUUUAUGUUUAGUUUGGGCAGUUGCCUCUACCUGACCCUGUCCCUCGCCAUUCACCUGCUCCGCUGGAGCUGUACAUACCUAGUAUACACCCUCGAUUGCUGUGCCCUCGUAAUUCUAAGUUGUUAUGCGAUUCUGUUUACGUAAUAUGCCUCCUUCGUAACCCUAAUCCGCUAACCGUAACCCUAAUCCGUAAUCCGUAAUCCGUAAUCCGUAAUCGGUAAUCCGUAACAGUACUGGGUAUUUUAUACAAACUCCACUUUGUAUGUUUUUGUACUUUGUAUUUAAUCUUAACUUAACGCCUACAAUUAAGAAUCAAAACACACACACACCACAACUGGAAGGACACAAAGGUCUAUGCCAGAGACGGUCACAGAGGAGUUUUAAUGAAUUUAUAAAAGUAAAGUCGGGGGAGGGACGACCUCGAACAAGGCCUCGAACAACUACUAACUGUAGAGAUAACGCAUCGAGGCGGCAAGCUGUGCCAGGGAGUGCCAGUGGAACCCCAACUAUGUGUAGACUAGCCCAUCCCCAUCCAUAUCCAUAUCCAUAUCCAUAUCCUCAUCCAUGUGCCCAUCGCUCUGUCUCCCGCACUCCCCCAAGUAUUUUAGCAUUCUCAUAGCAGUUGCCCCAAGCGGCCUUAUAUAUUACAAAUUUAUCAAAAUACGCAACACGUUUAGGAAGUGGAGAGCGAAAAUCCAGAUCGCAGAGGCCCAGGCCGACGCGAAAUAUAUAAAUAUAUAAUUGAUAUAAUUAGCAAACGUUACAACCUUAGCGCAUUGUUUGUUGAAUUGAACUUAAAACUAAACACUACGAGCAGUAAGCAAUUAGAACCCACUUAGAGCGCAGAAGAUGCCAAAAGAUACAAUUAGAGCGCGAGUGUUUUAGCCAAACGGACUUAGCCAUUAGCCAGCUCUCCAGCUACUCUCCAGCUCGGAUUGUUGUGACCGACUCGAAUCGACUCGAACCCCAGAGAGACUAGGACCUGUACGCCCGAACCCGAACGCCUUAUUCCGGGAGAUCUCAGACGCUCGGAGUCCCCGCCCCGGACUCGAAAACUGUAGCAUACUUUUCUGUUCCAUCCGCUAUUGCAUCCCAGUUCUGAUCCCACUGGAUCCACUUUAUUAUAUUAUUUCGCGUACCUGUUACCUGAUAGUUUGACCUCCGAGUGGUUCUGUUCCCGUGGAGCCGGGUGAGAGUCUCCCCCAACCAGCACAAAGCGAGGGAACUCCAGUUACAUAUCAGCUUCGUCGAUAGCAUCGAUCCCAUGUGCCAAAGACUAAUUGUCGGCCCGCCCCCACGACCCAGGCCCAGUCUCCGCGAUCAGCACCACCCAGUCUCGUCCCAAUUGAAUCAGUCUUUGGCCAGGCAACUGACCUCACGACUACGCACCUCCCCUGAGCAAGGUGGACUGGCGAACAGACCGACUAUUAGAGUGGGGAUUGGAGGAGAGGAGGAGAAGAGAGAAGAACGAAGUUGAGAGACGCCGAGACAUGAGAGUUUUUGGCGAACUAAUGUUAACUAAAUUUAUAUAUACAUAUACACCCGCAUUAUACAUAAUAUACUUUACUAUAUACUAUGUAAUACCGAUUAUAUGGACUAUGACUAACCAAAAGAAGGCAACAAUUAUACAAUUAAACGAGAAACCGAGAGUAAGAGUCGCAAGCGGGACGCCAGAGAGCGCCCCAGUGGACCACGGCAUCCGGACGCGGACUGAAGGACCUCCGGAUCCACGGCGCGGAAGGACUCGGCAAGGAGAGUGGAAUGGGACCCAGGAGGAGGACUCCUCACACGGGCAUCCUGUGCGAUCCCAGUACGUAUUUACAAUUCAUGUUUGGUCGGCAGUUUCCCAGCCAAAGUCAACAAUAAAACUUAUGAACCAUU